AUUGUAGAAACUAGCUGGCUGGGGUUCACCGAAAGAUUUGUGGCCGGGGACACGUGUAACCUGGUGACAUGGUUGUGAAGGUACCAGCUUGGUUGCAGAUCUGAAAACGAAGAGCACAGCUGGUGGGCUUUUAUUUUGUAGGAACUGAGGGGAAACAGCGUUGUAUGUUGGUUGACUUGCGGGGGGUGGACAGAGCAGCAAGCCGUUUGAAAUCCCCUCUAGCGGAGCAGAGGGCGAGAGGGUCUAUUCCUGCAGUCCAGCUCAAACAUGGCGGGCUGUGGAGGAGACGUGAUGUGCUCGUGGUCCGGACCUAAGACCCACGGCACAUCCUCAACCCCGGCGUCCGAAGAGGGGGAGCUGAGGAAGAGAAGGAGAGCUUUCUGCCUGACCAGGAUGAAGUCCCGUAACAGCUCCGAGAAGCAUCAGCAUCAUCAUGAGCCCGCGAACAACAACAACAACACGCCGUUCAUGAUCCACUGCAAGGAGAUCAAACACAUCUGCAGCAACUGCCGAGGAGCCGAGCCGCUGGACGCUGAGGAAGUGGAGAGGUUGGCAGCGAUGCGCUCUGAUUCGCUGGUACCGGGUACGCACACGCCCCCCAUCCGGCGGCGGAGCAAAUUCGCCACCCUGGGUCGUCUGUUCAAACCCUGGAAGUGGAGGAAGAAGAAGAGUGAGAAGUUUAAGCAGACGUCUGCAGUGUUGGAGAGGAAGAUGUCCACUCGCCAGAGCAGAGAGGAGCUCAUCAAGAAGGGACUCCUAAAGGAGGUCUAUGAGAAAGAUGGUGCAUCGCUGACCAUCCGGGAGGAGGUGAAGAUAGAGAAUGGUCGUUCCUCGGUGCUUGGCUCCAGCCUGUCGGAGUCUGAAGGUAGUGAGCUGAUGGAGGGAGCAGCAGGAGCAGCUGUAGGCUCCCUGGAGUUUCAAAUGCCUAGUGAUGCUCAACAGGACCACACCCAGAAAUCCAGUCAGGCUCCGCCCACAAAGAAGUCUAUCGUAUAUCAGGCUGAUGGUGCUGAAUCAACCCUCUGCAGACCUCCAACGCUACACAAACAACCUCCCGCUCUGCCACCCAAGCCUUUCAACAGGCUACCCAAUCACAUUACAGACGGCGCCCCCGUGAAGUUGCCAUGCAUGUCGGCUAAGUUGUCUCCUCCUCUACCUCCGAAGAAGCUCAUGAUCUCCGUACCUGCAGGGAGCAUGGAGCCCUCUUCUAUCGCCUUCCAGAAGUGCCCCGCCCCUCCCAGCCAUGCUCCAAUGGGUGCACACUCACUGCAGUACGGGACCCUGCCUGUUCCUCUCCACCCGCCCAGCCGAAUCAUAGAGGAGCUGAACAAAACCCUGGCCCUCACCAUGCAGAGGUUUGAGAGCUCCAUGAUGCACGCCGUUCCCACGGUGAUGAUCGAAUGCGACGAUGACAAAGAGAACCUCCCUAACGAGGCAGACUACGAGGACCUGCCGGGCAUGUACAAGGAUGAGGAAGAGGAGGAAGAGGAAGACGAGGAGGAAGAUGAGGAGGAGGACGAAGACGAAGAAGAGGAUGAGGAUGAUACACUGUUUACAAGCACACUGGCCAUGAAGGUCUUACGAAAAGACUCUCUGGCCAUCAAGCUGAGCAACCGUCCAUCCAAAAGAGAGCUGGAGGAGAAGAACAUCCUGCCACUGCAUUCGGACCAGGAGCGGCUCGAAUCCCGGCAACAGACGGCCACCAAACUGACGAGACGGUUGAGUCAAAGGCCGACAGCAGAGGAGCUAGAACAGAGGAACAUUCUGAAACCUCGAAAUGAUCUGGAGGAGCAGGAGGAGAAGAGGGAGAUCAAGAGGCAUCUGUCGAGAAAGCUCAGCCAGAGACCCACAGUCGAGGAGCUGAGAGAGGCGAAGAUCCUCAUCCGCUUCAGUGACUACGUGGAGGUCGCCGAGGCUCAGGACUACGACAGGAGAGCAGACAAGCCGUGGACUCGGCUAACAGCUACAGAUAAGGCUGCCAUUAGAAAGGAACUAAAUGAGUUUAAAAGCACAGAGAUGGAGGUGCAUGAGUCGAGCCGUCAUUUGACCAGGUAUGGAAAAGUUGCACAGAACAGCUGCCUUACGAAACUGCAAAGCACUCUUUGUUUUGCUUUUUUGUUAAAUGAGGUGUGUUGGGGAAGGUGCCAAAGUAAAGGUCAUGGUGGAGUUCUGCUAUGGACAGCAGUAGUUUUAAGAAGUGUGAUUACACUUUUAUAGCUGCCUCAGCCUUUAUCAGCUAAAGCCUCACGUUGUCAGCUGUAGCUGUACCAUGCUGCGCUGCCUCCAGAUUGUUAAGCCCAUAAUUAUGAGCAGCCAAGUGUGAAAUCUUCAAAUUACUUUCCUAGUUGUUGUUUUGUUUUGUUUUUUUGACGCAAAUGCAAUAUCUCCUACUUUGCAAGUAAACCAGCAGAGGUGUUAACAUACUGGUAGAAUCAUGCUGAAGUCACAGGUGCUAAAAUCUGGUGUUGCCAUUAAAAAUAUAGGCUGACUGGAAGUGAAGGUUUUCCUUUCAGGGUAUCCUGUCAAAUAUUUGCUCAGUGAAAAAUUCUAAUUCGUCAUUUGGGUUUUUUGGCUUCUUCUUUUGUCUCCCCUACUCUCAGUUUUCGAGAGCAAUGGCAGAAAAGAGGGGGAGCUGUGCUCUUACACACUGUGAGAUCUGCUAUGAUGUGUGGUUUGGAGAUGGUGGCGCUGACAAAAAGACAGGAGGCUGAGUUGGAGGUGUCAGAGUUAAAUAUGUUGAGGUUUUCUUUGGGAGUGGCCAGACUGGACAGGAUUAGAAGCGAGCAUAUCAGAGGGAAAGCUCAAGCUGAGUUUCUUGGAGACAAAAUUGGAGGCAAGGCUUCCCAUGGGGCCAUGCUUGAAAAAGUUGACAGGGGCCUUCACCAUGUUGGCCUUUUUUGUUGCUGGUUUGGCCUGGAGUCUUGCCAAGAUGCUAGCUUCUUACAAAUUUGAAGAAUAACGCCCUAGAACAGGGGACACUGUACAAACUCUUGGUUUUGGAGUAAAAAGCCAUUCCAGCCUUUCCAUCAGGGUAGGUGUAGACUUGUCCAACAUUCUUGAUGGGCGGACUGGCAGGGAUGGAGGGUGCCACCUCAUCCUCACUGUCAUCUGACCCAGCGCUGCUGGUGGACUCCUCGCUGCAGCUGUCAUAGCCAUCAAACAUCCCGAAUGAGUCUCGUCGCUUACGAUCUGAACCCGGGGUACGAUCAGCCAAAUCCCUUGAGUCUUCCUUCGGCCCUUUAUAUAAAUGCUUUUCUAGUUAUCUGCACCUAGGGGUAGAACCUAGCUUUGAAUUUUAGUCUACCUAGCAGGAUAUCGACAAAUUACUCUGCAGCCGAGAUAGUUUUGACAUCUUUAUAGGAGGGAUAGUGGAUACGUUGGACAAAGGACAUUGAAGAUUGAACUUCCAGGCUCAUGAAUGAAGUAGUUUAAGUAACUUUAAAUGGUUGGUGCCAGACAGGCUGCUAUGAGUAGUUCAGAUUUUCAGGGAUUUUUCUGCACAAUCAUCUCUGUAGUUUACACAGAAUGGUCUGAGAAAGCAAAAAUAUCCAGUGAGCAGCAGUGCUCUGGAAGAAAAGGCCUCGUUGAUGCUGGAGGUCAGAUGAGGAUGUCCUGACUGCUUUGUCUCCUUUUAGAUAAUUUCAUUGUGUCAGAAUAAAGAACAUUUCUUCAAACAUGCUCAUUUUCUCUUCCUGGUUUCUUCCUACAGGUUUCACAGGCCGUAAGUCGGCUCGGAGACCUCAGCCAUGUUUUUAAAAUCCCUUAGAAGUCUCAAGUGUUCAGACUGCUACAGAUUUCCAACAUCAACUUCGAACUGGCUUCAUCACACAAGUUUGAGCCAUUACAGGAAACGGGAGAAAAACACUGAGAUGGACGGAUCAAUGACUGUCUCCCCUCUGUGGAGAUUUUGGUGACUUCUUGAUAUUCAAAAGCUUUUAAUUGUAUUUUUUUUAUGAUGAAGAGGUGGUGAUAUCUUUACUUUGCAGCACUUUUUUUUUUAAACAAGGCUCCUGGAGGUCCAACACAGAAUCUGUGCCAAUUUUACAGGAUGGGGACGGUAAAAGAUGAAACACAGGGUCUUUAUUUCACUCUCACUGUUUUCAUGCCUGUACCAUAUUUUCAUCAGGCACAAUUUUUCCUUUGAGUAUGCUUGUGUUAGCUUGAUUUUACUCCACGUAUGACAUCUCAGUAAUCAUUUCUCUUUGCCAGAGGCAUGAAAACAUUCCACAAGUGUGUACUAUUGCAGGCAGCUGAAGCUUAAGCCAAAUUGCCCUAAAAUUCUAAUCAAAGUCCAAGAGUGCUCUCUACAACAAAAGGAAAUUCCUGUCUCCAAACACUUUCACAUCAAUCCACUGAGCAAUAAUGUCAGAUUCUCUCUUUUGCAUCAAUCUAGUUGUGGGCUGCGUUCGAGUGUUCAAACACUUUUCAAACUUCAGAUUCCCAUUUUAAACCAAAGCAACUUGACCUGUUGUGAAAGCCGUCACCUUGAAUGGAGAAUUCUGGAGUGACGAGUAUCAAGAGUUCAGUAACCCACUGUGUCACUGUGCCUACAGGCGUGUUUACAGGGAUUUCAAAGUUGCCAAAUAACCUUGUUUAUUUGAUACAGAAUAUUAUCUGUAGACACAGUAAAAUGUUACUGAGCUCUCUGCUGAAUUACAAGAAGGACUGUGUUUGCAUUUCACCUUUUAUUGUCAGACAUGAGCCUUUUUGGUACGAACGUGUCAAUCCUGCCACCUUACGAUUUGCCUUUUUUUCUCUCUCUUUUUAAUGGUUUACACUUAAGAUUGGGUCCAUGAAUUGGAGGUUUUUACCAUGUUAUUGGUGAGAACGAGCUGCGUGGGUUAUGAUUGUGUAUCUGAGUGUGUGCGUAUGCAAGAGUCAGUAAUAUUACUGUCACUUGUACGUGUUUAAAAAAAUGUUUUGAGAAAACUCUUCUCAGAAUUCUAAGAGGAUGUACAUAAAUUAAAAGGAUUUUCAAAUGUUCUUUUGUAAAGCAGAAAGACCUGCAUGUGGGUAUUAAUUUAUUGUGAGUCUUCUAUGAUGUAUGCAGUUUCUUAAAGAAAGAAACUUAUUAAAAAAAUAAUAAGUUA